AUGGCGGAAACAGGGCAAGUUCCAUAGUUCUGUCAACUGACUUUUGCUGAUUUUGAGAUAAUGGCAAAUGAGGAUGCUGUCAGAGCCACAAACGACGAUGCAGCACAGUGUAAACGUUUUGCGGUUGAACGUGGGUACUGGGAAGAUCCGUACAUUUCUCUGCUAACGACAAAAGGUCAGGCGCGACAUGCUCCAGAAAUCAACAGAGGUUACUAUGCCAGGGUGUCGGCUAUGCGGACUUGCAUUCACAGGUUUAUAAAACUGACAGAUUGUAAGUGCCAAAUCAUAAACUUGGGUGCAGGGUUUGAUACCACAUAUUGGCUAUUGAAAGACCAGCAAUUAUCUCCAAAGAAUUAUGUUGAAGUUGAUUUUUCGAUGGUGACAUCGAGAAAGUGCCAUCAGAUCCGAAGGAAUGAAGCGCUACUGAAAGCAAUUGCAGGGGAAGAUGGAGAGGUCAAGAUAAGCAAGACAGAGAUCCAUGCAACAGAUUAUCACCUCGUGUCGGCUAAUCUACGCCAUCUUGAGGAAGUGAAAGGAAAAGUAACAGAGUGUGGCAUAGACACCUCCCUCCCCACUUUGUUUGUGACGGAAUGUGUCCUUGUCUAUGUCGACACAGAUAGCACCAACAAAGUCCUAAAGUGGAUUGCUGACACAUUCCCAGUGACUUUGUUCCUUAAUUAUGAACAGGUAAACAUGACAGAUCGUUUUGGCCAGGUGAUGAUAGAUAAUCUCAAGACCAGAGACUGUGUUCUUAUGGGUGUGGAGGCAUGUUCCAGCAUGGACUCCCAGAAACAGAGGUUUACCAGCCAAGGUUGGCAGGGAGCUGAUGGCAUGGAUAUGAGUCAGAUCUACAAAUGUUUGCCCGACUUACACAGGAUUGAGCGCAUAGAGUUUAUGGACGAGAAGGAACUUCUGGACCAGUUGCUAAGUCACUACUGUAUAGUCUGGGCAUGGAAAGAUCCUCACGACCUUGGUCUCUGUGAUAUGACCUUCACUUGACCAUGACCACUCCUUUGUGACCUUUGCUUCAGUACCAUUUACCAAAGGACAGUUCAUUUCAACUCUUGAACAAGUGCUCAAACCAUGUGUAUGCAAGAACUUUGUGUAUGUAGGAAUGUUUCUUGUAUGUAAAAACAUUGAAUGCUUUAGCCACUUUUAAGCAAUUGUAUUAUGUGAUUUUGUUGAAAUUUGUCUUAUUGGUUGUGACUGUUUUAAAAUCAAUAAUCUGUAUUUAAUAUUAAGCCACGGUGUAAGUGACAUGGAUUCUUGUGACAAUCAAAUUUAAAAGAACAAUUUGCUAUUAGUCCUGGUGAUCACAACACAAAGAAUCUAGUCCAGUCAUCAAAUAUUGUCGCCGGUUUCUGUAUGACAUUGUGAUUUAAUAUUCUUGUUGAAUGAUGUACCUUACAGUCAAGCCUAUCUUUAGAGGCUACUCAAACAAAUUAGAGAAAAUUGGCUUUUAAUGGCAGGUUAACUUUAUACAGGUUCGAGUACAUAUAAUUCCACAAGUGAUUCACAGUAAUGUGUUUGUAUAUGAAAUAAAACGCAUGAAUUAUGGGGGUGUAUUUUUGGGACUGGGACACCACCUAUCCAUUGAUAAAAUAUUUUUAGGAAUUCACCAUUGUUCUUUAAAAAACUACUUUUUUUAGAAUUUCCAACUGUUCUAUAAAUAUGUAUCUUUUAGAAGUUAACUUUCACAUAGUUACAUUAAAGUAGGUUUGAAUUUUUAAAAAUUUCAUGAUUUUCUAAUGCUUUCUUAAUAAACCAGCUUGCAAUGUAUUUGUAGCUUGAAUUUCUCUCCAUCUUGUGACACUGGAAGGUAUCUUUUCCAAAUUAUCGGAGUAAUAUUGUGGUUGUUAACCAUUGUAGUGUAGAGUAAGUGUAUUAUGUAACAUGUCUUAUUUAUUUUGUUGUAUGAUGAAUUCCAUGUGUGCCAGAAAUAAAGUAUGAAAUCAAA